GAUAGCAGAGUCGAGGCUGUCGCUGAUGCAACACACUGACAGCCUCUCUGAACCGGUUACUCUGCCCCACGUCUCACUGCAAGAAGUACCGAGAGUGCCCUGCCCCAUGGCUGAUCAACUGAGUCCAGAUGAGAAGUUCCACCUCAUCACCAGGAACCUGCAGGAGGUUCUGGGAGAGGACAAGCUGAAGCAGAUUCUUCAGGAGAAGGAACCCAGGGUGUACUGGGGUACGGCGACCACUGGCAAACCCCAUGUCGCUUACUUCGUCCCCAUGUCCAAGAUAGCUGACUUCCUCAAGGCUGGAUGUGAGGUCACAAUUCUGUUUGCAGACUUGCAUGCCUACCUGGACAACAUGAAGGCUCCCUGGGAGCUGCUGGAGCUCAGGGUGAAGUACUACGAGCAGGUCAUCAAGGCCAUGCUGGAAAGCAUCGGUGUGCCUCUGGAUAAACUCAAGUUCAUCAAAGGAACUGACUUCCAGCUCAGCAGAGAGUACACUCUGGAUGUGUACCGCCUGUCCUCCAUGAUGACAGAGCACGAUGCUAAGAAGGCUGGAGCUGAGGUUGUCAAACAGGUGGAGCAUCCUCUGCUGAGUGGUCUGCUGUACCCUGGACUACAGGCUCUGGAUGAGGAGUACCUGAAAGUGGACGCCCAGUUUGGAGGAGUUGACCAGAGAAAGAUCUUCACUCUGGCAGAGAAGUACCUGCCCACUCUUGGCUACGCUAAGCGUGUCCAUCUGAUGAACCCGAUGGUGCCAGGACUCACAGGGGCUAAGAUGAGCUCUUCAGAAGAGGAGUCAAAGAUCGAUCUCCUGGACUCCAAGGAGGACGUGAAGAAGAAGCUAAAGAAAGCUUUCUGUGAGCCGGGCAACAUCCAGAACAAUGGAGUCCUCUCUUUUGUCAAAUAUGUCCUCUUCCCUCUACGAGGAGAGUUCUCCAUCAAAAGAGACCCGAAGUGGGGUGGAGACAAAGUUUACACUGUGUUUGAAGAGGUGGAAAAGGACUUUGCUGAAGAGUCGAUCCACCCUGGAGACCUGAAGGCCUCAGUGGAAACUGCGCUGAAUCUGCUACUAGAACCAAUCAGAAAGAAGUUUGAGACUCCAGAGCUCCGCAAACUGACCAACACUGCCUAUCCUGAUCCCUCAAAAAUGAAAGCAGGAGGAAAGGGAGCUAAGGCAGGAGGAGGAGGUGGAGGUGGAGGAGAGAAUGAUGAGCUGGCCCCGUCCAGACUGGACAUUAGGGUGGGCAAGAUCAUCAGUGUGGAGAAGCAUCCGGACGCUGAUUCACUCUACCUGGAGAAGAUCGACGUGGGAGAGCCAGAGCCAAGGACGGUGGUCAGCGGCCUGGUAGCUUAUGUUUCGCAGGAGGACCUGCAAGACAGAACGGUGCUGCUGCUGUGCAACCUGAAACCCCAGAAGAUGCGAGGGAUCGAAUCUCAAGCCAUGCUGCUAUGUGCCUCCAUUGACGGGGACCCCAGGAGGGUGGAGCCUCUGGACGCUCCCGAGGGUUCGUCACCAGGCGAUCGAGUCUUUGUGGAAGGAUAUGAGACCGGCAAGCCAGAUGAAAAACUCAACCCAAAGAAGAAGGUGUGGGAGAAACUACAGGUGGACCUGAAGGUGUCAGACGAGUGUGUAGCUCAGUGGAAAGACAAGCAGCUGAUGACCAAACUGGGACAGAUCACAUGUAAGACACUGAAAGGAGGCAACAUCAGCUAAAUACGCACACAAUACAUUCAUCAGUGAAGCUGCUUCCGCCGGCCACACAAGAUUACUUUCAUGAACAAAUUGCCAUGGCUACAUCAAACUUCAUCUGGUUGUUUCUUGAGGAAUGAUGGGACACGGAUGCCAAAAGUCGGAGAUGUUUCAGAUCAACUGGGAUGGAUUCUGUUAACGUUUAAUUCCUAAAACACAAACGGUCACUUGAAACAAAAACUAUGUAACUAAUCAAGCUAUGAGUCACUGCUUUCUCUCUCUAUUUUUGGAAUCAAAUGUUGUCGCUAAUGCAUUUAAAUGUACAAGUACAACAGAUGUUCAGCAAAUCUGAGAUGACUGGUUCUGUUCAGCUGAAGGUCUACAGUCUGGAUUGCUCAUUCCUGGACAUAGCUAAUACAGGGUAACUCAGGUUUCUAAAAAGGGACUUUCAGUGCAUUUUUCAGUUGAAGAUCAGGGCAGGACAUGGUUUUAUGGGUUCCAGACAUCAGAAGUAUAUAAAAAUCAAUAUGCCUUGUACUAUAAGACAGUUGUAAGAUCCGUAUCUGGACGUGAAAUGUCAUAAUCAAAUAAUGCAUCAUCUCUAAUAUGAAAUAAAUGCUGGCUAAACUCUG